AUGGUUAAAUUAUCAUAUACUAAUGGCAAUGGAACGACCAUUCCAAAACCACUGAACGAAAAGUCAAAUAAUAAAGUUCGAUUUGAUUCUAUUCCAGACGCACUUGCCGAUUUCGCGCAAGGAAAAUUUGUUUUGGUUGUAGAUAAUGAAGAUCGAGAAAAUGAAGGCGAUUUGAUUAUUGCGGCUGAAAAAGUUACUACCGAGCAAAUGGCAUUCAUGGUUCGAUACACGAGUGGGUUGAUUUGUGUACCAAUUACACCAGAACGAUCGAAUCAACUUAUCUUACCUCUGAUGGUUCAAAAUAAUUCAGAAAAAAUGAAAACUGCUUACACAAUAUCUGUAGAUUACAAGCAUAACACAACAACAGGAAUAUCAGCACACGAUCGCGCAUUAACGGCGCGUUCACUUGCCGAUCCUUCUAUAACGGAUCCAAAUGAUUUUAAUAGACCUGGUCAUAUAUUUCCAUUAAGAUAUACUCGAGGUGGAGUUUUAAGCAGAGUUGGACACACGGAAGCGUCAAUAGAUUUGUGCAAAUUGGCAAAUUUGCAACCUGUUGGGGUUAUCUGUGAAUUGGUAAGGGAUGAUGGACUGAUGGCACGUCGUGAUGAUUGUCGUGCAUUUGCUGAUGAACACGGUUUAAGAUUAAUUACUAUCGCAGAUUUAGUUAAGUACAGAUUAGAUAAUGGAUUUUUAGAUAUUUAA